AACUAGUAGUAUACUCCUCAACCUAUUUUUCAAUGCAUGGCUAGUCCUAAUUUUGACUUUAACAACCAACCCUUUCUCUUUGUGCAAAUUUCAUCAAACACAUCGCAAAAUGUGGAGCAAUCAUUGUCCUAGUAAUAGUACUGCUAUAUCAAACAGGUCAGAACAGGGGAGGCAUUCUGUUUAUAGAGGAAUUCGCAGGAGGAAUAGGAAAUGGGUAUCAGAAAUACGUGAGCCGCGGAAAACUACGAGAAUAUGGCUAGGCACUUAUCCAACACCAGAGAUGGCAGCUGCAGCAUAUGAUGUUGCAGCUUUGGCAUUAAAAGGUCCCGAUACCCCGUUGAACUUCCCGGACUCAAUGUGUUCAUAUACUAUGCCAGCUUCCCUAACAGCAGCAGACAUACGCGCGGCAGCUGCAAAUGCUGCUGCUGUUAGAGCGCCACAACUGGAAAGCGAAGAAGCGCGGCAUCAGGCAGAGUGCCAACCUGAAGCUGGAGAUGAAGGAGCAAUGGGACAAGAGUAUUUUGAUGAAGAGGAAGUGUUUGGUAUGCCAAGAUUGUUAGUUGACAUGGCAGAGGCAAUGCUUGUGAGCCCUCCUAGGAUGAAGACGACGCCUUACGAUGAGUUGCCUGAAUGUUCUGAUGCAUCAUACACUCUCUGGAGUUACCCUUAAUUAUCAAUAAUCAAACAUGUAACAUGCAUUAGCUUAAAAAAAAGUAUCAAUAAUCAAGGCACUCUCUUGGUGUGCCAUGUACAUCAGUUGAAUAGUGUGGCCACUAAAAUUAUAUAGGUGCGGUGGUGUCAAGGACUCAAAUUGUAGGUGAGACCAGAACUUGUCUCACUCACAUUUUCUUGUGUUCCUAAUAUAAUUCGGAUGGAGCCUGUUGGAGUGAAAUAGUUGCCGUUGAGUCUGGUCUUUUCUUGUUGUUUUCACCAUUUAUUUGCAGAAGCUGGUUUUAUUGUAUAUUUUCUCUUUCAUUUAGGAGAUAACAAGUCUAUUGUUUACCCUGAUUAUGAGAACCAGAUAUGGGGCCAGGGCUUGUGUUGAAAGAAUGAAGGCUGUCCUAUGUGUUACUACUAAUUGUAUGGUCGAAAUCUGAUCAUGCGUGGAUCAACAUUAAAAGGAAUGGUGAGGGGUUGAUUGGGCCAUGGUCGUAUCAUAAGACGUCAUAACAACGAGUAUCCCGGCCGCUGCCGGGGUCGAACCAUCUAAAAGUUUGUACGGCGAGGCAAAUGUCGUGAUAUAUAAGGGGAACAACCCAAAGGCCCUCUGGUUAAGAACCGCUGGAUAAAAGGAAAUAAUUACUACUAUAUAAAUAGGGGAGAGAGAAUAGGAAAAAGGGGACUGGUUCCCACACAAAACAAGAGGUAGAAGAACCGGAGAAAGCAACAGGAGAAAAACAAGAGAAGUGGCAGAUCUCGGCGGCAAACCUUUGUAAUCAUCUUUCUUGAGUUAAUAUAGAUAGAUCCAGCAACUAUUAAUGGAAGUUCCUCUUUCCGCCUU